GGACAGGCAGGCUUGAAUUAGAUUAUUACCUACAUCCAUUGGUUGACCCCCUCCUCCUCCUCCUCCUCCUUAGGCUCCCCUGGGGGCGGCCAUCGGUUGCAACGGGGGGCGAACUGACUCUACAUGGGUAUAAUAAUCGUCCUCCAGCCACCAGCGUCAGUAAAAGCCCAUUCAGUUCGUUUCCGGCGUUCCUGCUGAAGCCUCGUAAGAGUCGAGUCGAGUCCGCCGCCGCUCAUCGAAGUUACCCUCCUCCCUCUUUGAACACCGCCACCCCACGCCGAAAGGAGGGAUCUUCCACCCUCUCCGACGAUCGUGUACCGCAAUGGCGCCCAUCUCAGGAACCGUAGCGACGGUGAUCACGGCGUUGACGGCGGCCUUUAGGACCUCCGGCCCCGCUCUGCAGGCGCAGGCGGAGCAGAAUCACCUCCUGGCCGAGCUCGACUACGGCAACUUCCAGGGCGCCUACUCGGACCAGUAUAACAUCUCGUACUGGCAGAAGAUUCCCUACGCGGCGCCUCCCGUGGGUGAGAACCGGUUCCGGGGCCCGCAGCCCCCCGCGGCGGUGGAGGGUGUCGUGUAUGACUCUAGCCAGCCGUUUGAUAUGUGCCCUCAACGGACGGUCAACGGCUCCGAAGAUUGUCUGUACCUCGGCCUCUACUCCCGCCCCUGGACGCAAGACCAGCCCCUGAAGCCCGUUGUCGUCACCUUUUACGGCGGCGGCUUCAUCCAGGGCUCAGCCUACUUCAGCAUCCCGCCCUCGGCCUACCCGAUCCUCAACGUCUCAAGCUCGUCCGACAUGAUGUUCAUCUACCCAAACUACCGCACAAACGCCUUUGGCCUCCUCCCCGGGAAGCAGAUCGCCGCGGACCCAAAGUCGGAUCUGAACCCGGGCCUGCUGGACCAGGAGGCUGUGCUCAAGUGGACAAAAAAGUACGUUAAGCAGUUCGGCGGUGACCCGGACGACGUGACCAUCUGGGGCCAGUCUGCGGGCGGCGGCAGCGUGCUGGCGCAGGCCAUCGGCCGCGGGGGGCAGCAGAAGCUCUUCCGCAAGGCUAUGGCCAGCAGCCCGUUCUGGCCAAAGACGUACGCCUACGACAGCCCAGAGGCGCAGGCCCUCUACGACGAGCUCGCCUCCCGCACGGGGUGCGCCGGCGCCGAGGAUAGCCUGGCCUGCCUGAAGAUGGCGGACGUGCAGACGAUCCGGGACGCCAGCCUCGCCAUCUCGAGCUCGCAUGUCACGAACACUUCGUCCUUCACGUGGUCGCCUGUCAUCGACGGUGAGUUCCUCCGGGAGCCGCUCUCUGAGGCCGCCGCCACGGGGCGGGUGAACAUGGACCUGGCGUUCGCGAUGCACAACACGCACGAGGGCGAGAAUUUCCUGCCCGGCGGGCUCCAGAGCGCGACGGACGUCGGGUCUCCGCCGUUCAACUCGAGCGAGGCCUCGUUUGACAAGUGGCUGAGGGGGUUCCUCCCUGGCUUUGGUGACUGCGAGAUUGAGGGCGUCAAGAGGCUGUAUCCUGCGGCUGGCACGACGGAGACGAUUUCGUAUAACACGACGUAUGUGCGGGCCGGACUCAUUUACCGGGACGUCGUUCUGUCGUGUCCAGCGUUUUGGUUUUCGGGCGCAGCGCCGAAGGGGGGUUGGUUGGGCGAAUACUCACUCAACCCGUCCAAACAUGCUAGUGAUACCGUCUGGGUGAGUUUUGGUGUCUCUUCAUGGAAGAAUCUAGUCGGUGGGUUGCUAACAGAUAUGCAGUGGAAUCAGGUCAAUGCCGUGCAAAAGACGGACCCGGCACGCUACCAAGGCUAUGCCGGAGCGUUUGCGUCUUUCUUCCAAACGGGUGACCCGAAUGCGCUCAAAUUGUCGGCAUCAACGGAAGCUGGUGUACCGCCCCUCAAGGACAGCAAGGAAUGGGUCGUCAACCCCGAGGGUUUCGCGACUACUGACCUAGGGCAACUAGAGAAGAGAUGUGGAUUCUGGAAAAAGACGGCUGCGAAGAUACCCAUUUGA